GUGGAUACAGUCCAAGCGAGGCACCGCCUCCUUCAGAUAAAAAUUAAUCUGCGAGCAAUUAGACAGACGCGGCUACAGAAAAAAGGAGCACGUGAGCGGCCCUGGCGAAAGUGCCUAAUAGGAGCGCCUCCGCCCUUUCCUCGCCCACCGGAAGUUGCGGGACUGAAUGGGUCCCCGAGCCGGUGGCUGCAUCUGCUCUGUUACCACCUGAGGCUUAGCGGCAGCCGGUCCUGUCAGCCGCUGGGCCACCAGGUUCAUGUGGAGGCUCCCAGGCGCCCGCGUCGCGCUUCGUGGGGUCCGCGCGGCCGUGGAGCGACACAGUCGGACUGAGGCAGCGAUUGAGACCGCGGCGGUCUCCAUGGAGCGCGCGGUAGUGCGCUGUGUGCCCUCCGAGCCUAAGCUAAGCCUGUCGUUCGCGCUGGCCGAUGGCAGCCACAAGAACAUGCAGCGCGACCAAAGCGAACCACUGGGUCGGGCCCUCAGCCGGAUCGCCACCAACGCCCUCAAAGGCCACGCUAAGGCGGCCGCCGCCAAGAAGAGUAGGAAGAAUCGGCCAAACGCAAGCGGCGGCGGAGCCUGUGCGGGGCCUGGGCCCGAGCCGACUGCGGCCUGCGAGCCCGUGGUGAAGCUGUACUACCGGGAGGAGGCCGUGGCUGAAGACGUGCUCAAUGUGGACGCCUGGCAGGAUGGCGCGGUGCUGCAGAUCGGCGAUGUUAAGUACAAGGUGGAGCGCAACCCGCCUGCCUUCACCGAGCUGCAGUUGCCACGCUACAUCAUGGCCGGCUUCCCGGUUUGCCCGAAGCUCAGCCUCGAAUUUGGGGAUCCCGCCGGAUCCCUCUUUCGCUGGUACAGGGAAGCCAAACCCGGAUCGGCGGAGCCUGAGGGCGGGGGCCCCUCGUCAUUGUCUCCCUCCUCUCCCUAUCCUAGUUGGACCGAAACGGGUGUGGACGAGCGCGUCUACACCCCGUCCAAUGCCGACAUCGGGCUACGGCUCAAGCUUCGUUGCACUCCAGGGAAUGGUCAGCGCUUCGGGCCAAGCCGGGAGUUGGAAAGUGUGUGUCCAGUGGAGGCCGGGCCGGGCACUUGCACCUUUGAUCACCGGCAUCUCUACACUAAGAAGGUGACGGACGACACAUUCAUCCGCACUGUCUCCUACAACAUCCUCGCUGACACGUACGCCCAAACUGAGUUUUCGCGGACGGUCCUGUACCCGUACUGUGCCCCUUACGCCCUGGAGCUCGACUACCGCCAGAACCUUAUCCAGAAGGAGCUCACCGGCUACAACGCCGACCUCAUAUGUUUGCAGGAGGUUGACCGCAGCGUGUUCACAGACAGCUUGGAGCCGGCCCUCGAGGCUUUUGGGCUGGAGGGCGUGUUUCGAAUCAAGCAGCAGGAAGGCCUGGCUACUUUCUACCGAAAGUCCAAGUUCAGCCUCCUUAGCCAGCAUGACAUUUCUUUCCAUGAAGCCCUGGAGUCCGAUCCACUUCACAAAGAAUUGCUGGAUAAAUUAGUUUUGAACCCAUCGGCACAGGAGAGAGUGUUCCAGAGAUCUUCUGUCCUUCAGGUUUCUGUUUUGCAGUCUACAAAGGACUCUUCUAAAAAGAUAUGUGUUGCUAAUACCCAUCUCUACUGGCAUCCCAAAGGUGGGUACAUUCGUCUCAUUCAAAUGGCAGUAGCCUUGGCUCACAUUAGACAUGUCUCAUGUGAUCUGUAUCCUGGCAUACCAGUUAUAUUUUGUGGGGACUUCAAUAGUACUCCAUCAACAGGAAUGUAUCAUUUUGUCAUCAAUGGCAACAUUCCAGAGGAUCAUGAAGACUGGGCUUCCAAUGGGGAAGAGGAACGAUGCAACAUGUCUCUUACCCAUUUCUUGAAACUGAAAAGUGCUUGUGGUGAACCUGCUUACACAAAUUAUGUUGGUGGCUUUCAUGGAUGUCUGGAUUACAUUUUCAUUGACUUAAAUGCUUUAGAGGUUGAACAGGUGAUUCCACUACCUAGUCAUGAAGAAGUUACCACCCACCAGGCCUUACCUAGUGUUUCUCAUCCCUCUGAUCACAUAGCACUUGUAUGUGAUUUAAAAUGGAAAUAGACUUGUGGUUAAUGGAAUUUAAGUCUGCUUUAGUAAGGGAAAUUUAAUAUGAAUCAAAGUUUAUGUGUAACCUUCAAAGAGGAAAACUAAACACUAAGUUCUUGGUUCUUACCCUACUAGUUAUGUUCUAGUGUCUUCAUUACAUGACUAUUCAUAAUCUUUUCAUAAUACAGUUUCUGUACCCUCCCUCACACACACACACACACACACACACACACAGUUACACUUGGAGGAAAAACAAAUAUAUUUAUGACUGGCAGGGAACAUUGAAUUAUUGUGUACAUUUUAUAAGUCCUUUUUUUAGCCUCGUAAUUAAGAAUUUUGUAAAAGACCAUUUGAAUGAUGCUAAAAUUUUUCUAUCAUAACACAUAUUUCAAAUUGAAUCAUGUUUAUAUAAUUAGGGGGGACAUGCAUACAAGUUAAGGUGAGAGGCCUAAGUUCUGAUUUAUGGAAGGAAUAACAUUAGGGCCUACCUCUACCUCAAUUUGGUAAGCAAUUUAAUACAAAUUCAGAGCUUUAACAAAAGUUUAAAUAUACCAUCACUAGUUGUUAUUGCUUCUCAUUUUUCAUUUCUCAAUUAACAUAUUUUCAUUCUCUUAUUUUUAGGAUUUCAGUUGUUUGUGUAUGGUACAAAUGAGCAUAUUCAUAUUCUUUUUCUUACUGCAGCUCAUUUUAAAUUUUAGGAUGCAGGCACAAUUUAAUAUUCAAAAAGAAUAGCCACGUAGUCAACUUGAUCACAAUUUACUCUUGCCCAUGAAAAAUGCUUAUAAAUGAACAGGGAAUGUGGCCAUGUGAUAUUAGAGAAUACAUUAUGAGAAACUGCUUACUGAUAUGGGCUUUAAAUUUUGGGUGAACUAUUGAGCAUUUCUAUGCUAGAAGUAUUUUUGAAAUUGUUGGUUUUAUAAAUAGAAAGGGGAGUAGUGGGGCUUUUGAGCAUAUCGGAAAUAAACUAUUCCUUUUACAGUCUUGAGCAUUACAGUUUGAGUUACAGGUACAUAUUGUAUAUAUAAUUUAUAUACUGUAAAAAAAUUAAUAUUAAGCCAAACUUUCUAAAAUUAUGAGUUACAGUUUUACUGAUUAGGGUCUAGUCUAGAGUGGUAAUCAACCUUUUCUAACUCAGUUAUCACCAUACCUAAUUAGUAAUGCUUUAGCUGUUGCUUUUUGUUGCUUAGGAAAACUGUAAUGUUAUCUCAUUUCUUCAUUUAAUUUAAAUAUUAAAUAUUAAAAGCCUACCCACUUCAAGAAGAGCUCUGAUUUUCCACUGUUAUGAGAGCCUUUUUUCCAAAUUCUUUUAUCUUUAAGCUCAAUACUGUAAGAACUUUACUCCUUUGAUAAAGAGUACUUUCAUAUUCUGCUCACUAUCCCAUGUAUUUUAACUCUUAGUUUAGUAAGUUUGAGAAUGAGAGGGUUUUACAUGCACUUCAGAUUGAACCUUGAAGUACUUAGAAGUACUUGAGGGGAAAAAUUAAGGUGGCAGUUUCUUGGGAUCUUUUUUAGAAAAAGAUAUAAAUGAAAAUUGAUGUUACCAAACUGUGCUUUCCUAAAUAACAUUUUCAGACCAUUUUAACAUCAGUUUACAAAUACAUAAAUAUUAAACCAGAAUCUGAUUCUUUUGCAAAAAUAUUUUUUUCUUUUUAAAAUUUGGUUUUGGUCUGCUUUCAAAUAAACAUGUUGACAGGGCUUUUACAGUAACUUGAGAGAAAAUGAAAGCUUCUAAGCAAAAAUCUGAGAAAUACUUUGAAAGGAAAAAUUGUAACAUGAUAUACUCAUGCCCACGAGAAAAACAUAUAGGUCCUAUAUUAACAACAUUGCUAGCUAAAUUAAACUCUGGUCAGAAAAACUCUAAACACUUGCAAACAUUCCAUGUCUGGAAUCUAAAUUUUUUAUUUGCUGACUAAACUGUGUGAUCAAAUUGUAUAAAAGCAUUUCUGAAUAUUUAAAUAUAGAAUAUUAUGAAAUGCCACAUAUUCUGGUUAAAUCUUCAGUAUACAGAUAUGUUAGCAUGAUUGGAGUCCAAAGAGGGAACACUAAGACAAAUAGCAUACCAAAAUUUCCUUGUAGUCAAGUUAGAAUAAAGCAUCAUUCAGAAACGUUUGUGUUUAAAGCCAUCAUUGUGACUGAAUUUUUCAAUUACAUUUGGAUUUUUAGUACAUUUAAUUUUAAUAAAAUAUGGAAAGUCUCGCAAUUAUGGAACCACAUUUUAAGAUGUCAUUUGUUCUUACUGUAGGAAUUAACAUUCUAAAAUUUUAUAUUGAUACUGAGAAUUUAUAGAACACAUUAUCUUGUUCAUUAAAUUUUUGCA